GUGUGUGUGUGAGAGAGAGAUGGACACAGAGUAUGAAACCCCCUCAGUGAAGGAUCUGGAAAGGAUACUUUAUGGAGGAAUACGGAGCGGAAAUCAUGUGGACGAGGUUUGGCCCAACCUGUUUCUGGGAGACAUGUCAAUAGCCAACGAUCGCUACAGCCUGUGGAAGCUCAGGAUCUCACAUGUGCUGAACGCCGCUCACGGGAAAGCACACUGCCACGGCAGCCACGAGUUUUACGGCUCGUCUGUGGAGUACUACGGCGUACCAGCAGAUGAUUCACCGUCCUUUAAUCUCUCUCCUUACUUCCAACCGUGUGCAGACUUCAUCCAUCAGGUGCUGAACUGUCCUGGAGCACGAUUGCUGGUGCACUGUGCAGUAGGAGUGAGUCGUUCUGCUUCACUGGUUCUCGCCUACCUGAUGAUCCACCACCAGCUCCCCCUGCUGGAGGCCAUCAUCACGGUGAAACAGUACAGAUGGAUUUUCCCAAAUCGUGGAUUUCUCCGGCAGCUUCGAGCACUCGAUAUCAAACUGAACAAAACGAAGCAUAAAACAACGACGUGA